CUUUCGAUUUUCGUUCGCCAUUUCGUCUCAAAUGGCCCGUUCGGUCGAUCGGUCUCGUACGGCUUUACUGGAGAGAUAUUUGCUUCCUUAGUUAUACAGUAUAACCGUGGUCAGUUCAGACAUCGUGGAGAGCUGGACAUGGCAGAGAAGUACAACUACGAUCUGAGUAAGGCACAAUUGAAAGCCAGCAGCAGGACGUCCGCUUUACUCGCGGGUUUUGCAAUGGUUGCCUUAGUGGAGCUGCAGUACGACCAGAACACGCCUCGCUGGUUGUUGGUCCUGCUGGGCGUCGUCACUACGCUGCUCGUCUCCGUCCAUCUCCUCGCCCUCAUGAUGUCCACCUGUAUUCUGCCUUACAUGGAGGCCACCGGUUGUACGCAGGACUCGCCACACAUUCGGUUAAAAUUCUACAUCGACCUUUCGUGGUUGUUCUCGACUUGCAUAGGACUUCUUCUCUUCCUUGUUGAGAUCGGUAUUAUUUUCUUCGUGAAGUUCACCUCUGUCGAGUACCAACUGGCCGGAUACAUCACAACGGCCAUGCUCAGUGAGCUUGGUUACUUUUUUCCUUUUUCAUUAUGUUUUCUAGUCGACACAAUGAAGCAAUUCUUGGACGUUGAGGCUCAAAUUCCUAAGGCAUCUUUACGUACCGUCAAGGACAUCUGA